AUGCAACCCCAAUCCCAUCCUCAUCCUCAUUCAAGCACGUCUUCGCAUCUCGCAACAGAAACCGCACUCCUCACAGUCCUCUACGAUCGCUCAAAAGCACAGCACAGAUCACAAAUAUUCCUCUCACGUCUCCAAGGCGUCCUCCGUCUCUCGAAGCGAGUCAUUGCAGCCCUUCCAAGGCGUGACGGCUCGUCGUCCCAGGUCGAUCCAUAUGCAGAGGUACUUGGCUUGCUUCCAAAGUUCAUAUCCAACCUCCUCCGCGCAGCUGCCGCCUCGACGGCCAUUAUCGACUUGAACCACUUUGUGCCACUCCACACGACACUGCUCGCAUGCUACGCGCGCCUGUUGUCAGUCAGCCUCGCCCUGGGCUCUGCGCUUGGCGUUCCGCAGGCCAACCUCUUAUCCGAGUCGCGCGCGAAACCCAUCCGCAGGAAGGCGGGGGUGAUGGAAUCUCCUGCCAAGGCUGGGGAGGUCAAGGCUGGGGAGGUCAAGGCUGGGGAGGUCACGGUCGGCGAGGUCACGGUCGGCGAAGUUGGCGAGAUCGUCGCGCGGUCUGUCGCGUCAACAACAACUGUCUCCGUCGAUCCUGCGCCCGAAUCCCACCCCGACCAAGAUCGGACUGAGGCCCAAGGUAUACUUAAGAAGCGAAGGGCUAAGGGGAUGGACGAGAUUGGCGCGAAGCAAAAGAACAAGGACGGCGGGAUAGACGCUAUCUUUGGCAACCGGAACAAUGUCAAGGAGGGGAUGGACGACAUCUUCCAAAAGUCCUCAAAGAAGGCUAGGACCAAGGACGAUGGGAUAGACGAUAUCUUCGAUACCAAGCCGAAGAAGAAGAAGAGGACCGAGGCCCCGGCGCCCGACACAGACGUCACACCAGCCUCAGCGACCGCCUCGCCCAAAUCCAAGCCCGAGAAGCCGAACAAGGCCAAGUCCGACGCCAUGGGCAUAUCCAAAUCCAAGUCCAAAAAGACCAAGAAGAAGAGCACGAUGGAUGACAUCUUUGGGUUCUAG